UGAUUCCCGACCGAGUAUAUAUCUACCAGGCACAGUCGUGUUCAGGUGUGACAUAGCGAACAGACGGGUGUGAGUUUGAAGACAGAGAGCCAUACGUCAUCGCAGACCAACAAGAUGGCCGUGGUCGAAGGUUCACCUUCCAGUACCUCAAUCCGCGACGACGGCAGAAAGCAAGGCGAUGCUGUCGUACCAAUUCCCGAAUCUGGCGCGGCUCAAAAUGAAGACGGGACCGAUUGUGUAUCGAACAAAUGCGAAGAUGGGAGCCUCAAGAGUUACUUUAGAAUCUUCAGAUACACAGAUCGUAUCGGUUGGUGGACACAUGCAGCAGCCCUGACUUGCAUGAUAGCGUCUGGUGUUCUCCUUCCAUUGAUGGACCUUGUCUUUGGCAAAUUUGUCACUGUCUUCAAUAAUUUCAUAACCGGCAAAGCUACCCCGGCAGAGUUUCGUUCCAGCCUCAACGACUACACACUGUACUUUGUGUAUCUCUUCAUCGCCAAACUUGUCCUCGUAUACAUCUGGACCACCCUCGCAUCAACCAACGCCAUCAGGAUCACACGGUCUCUACGAAUCGAUUUCCUCAAGCAAGCCAUACGCCAGGAAAUCGCCUUCUUCGACCUGCCCGAGGCCGGGUCCAUCUCAAGUCAUGUUACCACCAACGCCAACCUCGUCAACCAGGGCAUCUCGGAGAAGCUGGGCCUCGCUAUUCAAGCUAUUGCAACUUUCUUCGCCGCUUUUGUUGUCGCCUUUGCGGUACAAUGGAAGUUGACCCUCAUCACCAUCUGUAUCGUUCCCGUCAUUGUCAUCGUCACCGGUAUCUGCAUGGGCAUCGACGCAAAGCAGGAAAACGAGAUCAUGACCAUCAACUCUCGAGCAUCAAAGCUUGCCGAGGAAGUAUUCGCGAGUGUCAAGACUGCUCAUGCCUUUUGGGCCUUCCCCAAGCUGUCGGGGAAGUAUGCAGCUAUUCUUGAUGAGGCCAAAGCGGUCGGUGCCAGAAAGAGUCCGAACUACGCCGUCUUGUUCUCCGUGGAAUUCUUCUGCGUUUACGCCGGAUAUGGCCUUGCUUUCUGGCAGGGUAUCAGGAUGUAUAAAGAGGGUGAGGUGUCAGAGCCGGGCCAGAUUGUCACUGUCAUCUUUGCUGUGUUGCUGGCAGCUCAGGCGCUCACCCAAAUUGCUCCACAGUCGGUCGUUAUUUCGAAGGCUGCCGCUGCCGCACACCAGUUGUUCCAGGUCAUCGACCGUGAGUCAAAGAUCGACUCUUUGUCGGAAGAAGGCAUCAAGCCAGCCAAAUGUCGAGGCGACAUCGAACUUCAGGAUGCCGUUUUCGCUUACCCUUCAAGACCAAAUAUUCAAGUGUUGCGGAACUUCAGCCUUGCGAUUCCGGCAAACAAGACGACGGCCAUUGUUGGGCCAAGCGGAUCCGGUAAGAGCACCAUCGUUGGUCUGGUUGAGCGUUGGUUCGCUCCCUUGAGCGGCACUGUCACAGUGGAUGGUCGGAACAUAGAAGAGUACAAUCUUCAAUGGCUUCGAACCAACGUCCGACUUGUCCAGCAGGAACCAGUUUUGCUUGAAGGCACCGUCUUUCAGAAUGUCGUGAAUGGGCUGGCCGGAACCCCUAUGGCAGAUCUGAGUGAUGAAGAGAAGCAGCGGCUCGUUGAAGAUGCAUGCCGUGCGGCGUAUGCUCAUGAAUUCAUCGAGAAACUACCAGAGGGCUACCAAACACAAAUUGGCCAGAGAGGCUCCAUGUUGUCAGGAGGCCAAAAGCAGAGGCUCGCCAUCGCCAGAAGCGUCAUUGCGAACCCACGAAUUCUCUUGCUUGAUGAAGCUACAAGUGCCCUUGAUCCAAACGCUGAGCAAAUCGUCCAGAAGGCACUCAACAAUGUCGCAGUCGGGAGAACCAUGAUCGUUAUCGCCCAUAGACUCUCCACCAUCCGAAAUGCCGACAACAUUGUCGUCAUGUCCAAUGGCCGUCUUAUCGAACAGGGCACUCAUGAUCAACUUGUUGCCCUGGGGGGCACCUACUCCCAUCUCGUUCGAGUGCAAGACCUGGGACAAGAACCUGACGAUGACGACGAACCUCAAAAGGACAUCAAGCCUGAGGUUGGAGGAGCAGUAAUAGCUAACACAACGUCGAACGUGGUUGAAGCUGUUCCUGAUGUGAAUGCUUUGGACGAAGCUGCGGCGAAGAAAGACAAUAUCAACCUUUUAAGAUGUCUGUUUAUCAUCAUGCGAGAGCAAAGAGUACUUUGGCCUGCCUUUUUUUGGCUGGGUAUCGGCUGUCUCGCGGGAGGGGCUACGUAUCCCGCUCUCGCCAUCAUCUUCUCCCGGAUGAUGGAUGCCUUCGCCCUUGAGGGUGACAAAAUGGUCGAACGAGGCAACUUCUUUUCGCUCAUGUUCUUUGUCGUAGCCCUUGGCAACCUUGUUGCCUAUGCAGUGCUUGGUUGGUUCUGCAACGUUAUCGCUCAAAAAAUGGUCCGCUUCUACCGAUACACAAUCUUCGACUGCGUCGUCCGGCAGGACAUGACCUUCUUCGACAAGCCUGGAAACUCUCCAGGCGCUUUGGUUUCCCAUCUAUCCAAGGAACCGGAGAGUCUGCACGAGCUUCUGUCCAUGAACAUGGGCGUCAUCGCAGUCGUGGUUGUCAAUUUGCUGUCGAGCUGCAUCCUUGCCAUCGUUAUUGGGUGGAAACUUGGGCUCGUCCUUGUCUUUGGGGCUCUGCCGCCUCUUGUCUCCUCUGGGUACCUGAGAAUUCGCUUGGAGAUCAAGCUGGAUGAUGAUACUUCGGAUAGGUUUGCAGACAGCACUGGCAUCGCGUCGGAGGCCAUCAUGGCUAUUCGUACCAUCUCGUCACUGGCUAUGGAACGGCAGAUUCUCGAUAGGUACGAGAGCAGUUUGCGCUGUAUCGCGGCGACGUCUGUCAAGAGUCUCACCUGGACGAUGGUUUGGUACGCUCUGAGCCAGUCGAUCUCGUUUCUGGCAAUGGCAUUGGGCUUCUGGUACGGCGGCCGGUUGGUAUCAUUUGGAGAGUACACUGUCACACAGUUCUACACCGUAUUCAUCGCCAUCAUCUUCUCCGGCGAAGCAGCGGCAACAUUCUUUACUUAUACCACAAGCAUCACCAAAGCACAACACGCCGCAAACUUCAUCUUCCGGCUCAGGGACUCAGUUCUUCCCGAAAACAAGGACGACCACCCACCAGAUGCCUCAAAACGCAGCAAUGGCGCCGUCACGAUAGACUGCCAAGCUCUCGAAUUUUCCUACCCUCUCCGUCCUAAUGCCCGAGUCCUCAAAGGAGUCUCAGUCAACAUCCCACCAGGCCAAUUCGUAGCCUUCGUCGGCGCCUCCGGCUGCGGCAAAACCACCAUGAUCUCUCUCCUCGAGCGCUUCUACGAUCCCACCAGCGGCACCAUCCUCUUCGACGGCGUCGACUACAAGCACGUCCACCUGGGCCGCUACCGCGCCAACAUUGCGCUGGUCCAGCAAGAGCCGGUGCUCUACCAGGGAUCGAUAAGAGAGAAUAUCGCGAUGGGCGUAAUUGACAAUGGCGAACCCACAACCGUAUCAGACGAGGAAAUCCUCGAGGCCUGUCGCCAGGCUAACAUCGACUCGUUCAUCGCCUCGUUACCCGAGGGGCUCUCUACCCCCUGUGGAUCCCAAGGUCUGCAGUUCUCCGGCGGGCAGAGGCAGAGGAUUGCUAUUGCGCGGGCGCUGGUUAGGAAACCGAGGCUGUUGUUGCUUGAUGAAGCGACGAGUGCGUUGGAUACGGAGUCGGAGAGGGUGGUGCAGGCGGCGCUUGAUGCUGCUGCUAAGGGCGAAGGCACAGGGGAUGGAGAUGGAGAUGAGAGACAGGGGAGAAAACGGACGACGGUUGCUGUGGCUCAUCGGCUUUCGACUAUAAAGGGGGCGGAUAGGAUCUUUGUGUUUUCGUAUGGAAGGAUUGCGGAGGCGGGGACGCAUGAGGAGUUGUUGGAGAGGAGGGGGAUGUACUAUGAGAUGUGUUUGGGGCAGUCUUUGGAUGGGUGAAGAUGCCGUAUGUUGUCAUUUUCACAUGUCUCUAUACAGCGAGCGACAAAUAAUAGAGUUCAGUUUCGGGUUCCGUCAGGAUUCUUUUUCUUCGCCC